AUGUCCUACACCUUUUCCUGGCUUGCGAUGGCCUUAUACCUCGCUACAGCGUUGGGGUUGACCAUCACCGAAGAUGUCAUCUCCAUCAACCCAGUGAACCUCUCCAUUGGUGAUCUUAACAUCCUCCCGGAUGUUUACUACUCCAUUGUCAACAACGCCCUCACCACUCUUGCUGGUAACUUGAACAAUGAGGGUAGCUUCUACGUCACCUCUGACAACGGUUUGGCUGCUUCUGUGAGAAUCAUCUCUGGAACGAUCAAGAACCUGGGUGAUCUCGCUUUCAACUCGUCUCGUGCCAGUGUCGUGAGCAACUACAACUUGAACUCCAUUGGUGCUUUCAACAACACUGGAGACAUGUGGUUUGGUCUCAGCGGCUUCUCCUUGACAUCUCCAAUUACCCUUGGCUCAACAACCAACUGGGAAAAUCACGGCAGAAUCCAUAUGGUCCAGGUUUCUGGAACCGCCUCCAGAAUUACCGUUUCCCAGACCUUUGGCCGUAUCCACAACGAGGGUACCGUUUGUCUCACCAACAUGUACUGGGACCAGGGCACCUCGAUUGAAGGUCUGGGCUGUAUCAAUGUUGGUUCCGGUGCAACCCUCCUGCUUCAGAUCAGCCCUUGGUUUAUUUCCGAAGAGCAGACCAUCUACUUGUCCGACGAAACCUCCGUGGUUUCGGUGCUUGGCUUGUCUUCUUCCUUAAGUGGUACCAAGACCUACACUGUUGCUGGUUUUGGUGGAGGGAACACCAUCAGGGUCUCGCUUGGUUUUGACUCCUACAACUACAAAGACGGCGUUUUGACCCUCUCGUUCUUCUUGGGUGCUUUCAAGAUUGGCUUCAACAUCGGUCCAGGCUACGAAAACGGCAAUUUUGCAACCAACGGUAUUCUGAACUCUGGUACUAGAAUCACCUACAACGAUCCUUUUAGUGGAGAUGUUCCUUAUGUUUGUCAGUGUGAGGAUUUUCCUGAGCCUCCAUUGGAGCCAACGGACUCCUCUUCUGCUGUUUCCAGCACGGAGACUGCCUCAUCUUUUGAAACAGACGACAGCUCGGACUUGAAUGAGUACACCACAACUUACACAACCACAGAUUCCGAUGGAAACGAGUCUACUGGAAGCGGAGUAGUUGGUGUUACCACUGAUUCCGAUGGAUCUUUGACAACUACAACUUCUCAGAUUGAUGGUGAUGAAACUGACCACACUACAACUUACUCCACCACGGAUUCUGAAGGAAACGAAUCUACUGGAAGCGGAGUAGUGAGUGUGACUACUGAUUCAGAUGGAUCAUUGUCAACCACAACCUCUGAAAUUCCUGAUUCUGGUCCAACCGACUAUACUACAACUUUCACUACAACUGACUCUGAUGGAAACGAAUCGCCGGGAACCGGAGUAGUUAGUGUUACCACCGAUUCAGAAGGUUCUUUGAGCACUACAACUUCUCAGAUUGACGAUGACGAUCAGACCGACCACACCACCACUUACUCCACAACCGAUUCCGAUGGAAAUGAAAGCACUGGUACUGGAGUAGUUAGCGUUACCACUGAUUCAGAUGGAUCCUUGUCAACUACUACUAGUCAAAUUGAUGAUAAUGGUCAGACGGAUUACACCACUACCUACACUACGACUGACUCCGAUGGAGACGAAAGCACUGGUACAGGCGUCGUUAGUGUCACUACUGAUUCCGAUGGAUCUUUGACGACCACUACUAGUGAAAUUGAUGGAGGUGAAGGUCCUACUGACUACACAACCACUUACACAACCACAGAUUCUAAUGGAGACGAUUCUACUGGUACUGGCGUUGUGAGUGUGACUACUGAUUCAGAAGGAUCUUUGUCAACUACAACUUCUCAGAUCGAUGAUGGUGAGGAAACUGACCACACUACAACUUACUUCACAACCGAUUCCGAUGGAAAUGAAAGCACUGGUACUGGCGUCGUUAGCGUUACCACCGACUCCGACGGCUCCUUGACAACCACUACCUCCAACCUUGAAUCAGAGACUUCUGGUGAUCAAACUGAAUACACCACUACCUGGACCACCACUGACUCUGACGGAAACACACUCACAGACUCUGGUGUGGCGAUUGUGACGACCGAUUCGGACGGCUCCUUGACUACCACGACCUCUGAGUUUGAACCCACCGAAGGUCCAACUGAGUAUAGUACUACUUACACCACCACUGACUCUGAAGGCAACGAGAGCACUGGAACAGGUUUGGUUAGUGUUACUACUGACUCGGAGGGCUCUUUGACUACAACCACCUCCCCGAUCGACGAUGAUCAGACCGAGUACACCACUACCUAUACAAGUACUGACUCCGAUGGUGAUGUUACCACCGGAACUGGGGCCGUUAUAGUGACUACGGAUUCAGACGGUUCAUUGACAACCACAACUUCUGAUAUUCCAGCUUCUGACAAUGGCCAGACUGAGUAUACUACGACUUUCACUACUACAGAUUCCGACGGUGACUCCAGUACUGGAAGUGGUGUUGUAAUUGUCACUACCGAUUCUGAGGGUUCAUUAACCACCACUACUAGCCAGAUCGAUGACAACGACGGUCCAACAGAGUACACCACUACUUACACUACAACGGACUCUGAUGGAAACGAAUCGACAGGAACUGGUGGGGUUAUCGUCACUACUGAUCCAGAAGGUUCUUUGACUACUACUACCAGUGCAAUUGACGGUGAUGAAACCGACCACACUACAACUUUCACAACGACUGACUCUGAUGGAAAUGAAAGCACUGGAACUGGGGUAGUAAGUGUUACUACUGAUUCAGAUGGCUCUUUGUCAACUACAACGUCUCAGAUUGAUGAUAAUGGUCAAACGGAUUACACUACCACUUACACCACAACUGACUCUGAUGGAAAUGAUAGUACUGGAACUGGUGUGGUUAGUGUUACAACCGAUUCAGAUGGAUCCUUGUCAACUACUACUAGUGCAAUUGAUGGUGAUGAAAACGACUAUACCACAACUUUCACAACCACCAAUUCCGAAGGAAACGAAUCUACUGGAACUGGCGCAGUUAGUGUUACUACAGACUCGGAUGGCUCUUUGAGCACUACAACUUCUCCGAUCGAUGGUGAUGAAAGCGACUACACAACCACCUACACCACAACUGACUCAGAUGGAAAUUCCAGUACAGGCACUGGCGUUGUUAGUGUUACCACCGAUUCAGAUGGCUCUUUGACGACCACAACUAGUCAAAUUGAUGGAGGCGAUGGUCCUACUGAAUUCACUACCACUUAUACCACUACGGAUCCAGAUGGAAAUUCCUCUACAGGUACUGGAGCCGUAAUCGUUACUACAGACUCCGACGGAUCCUUGACCACCACUACCAGCCAAAUCGACGAAAACGAUGGUCAGACUCAGUACACCACCACUUACACUACCACCGAUUCUAAUGGUGAUUCUUCCACUGGAACUGGAGUAGUUGGUGUGACUACUGAUUCUGACGGAUCUUUGACUACUACUACCAGUGCAAUUGAUGGUGGUGAAAACGACUACACUACAACUUUCACUACCACUGAUUCUGAUGGAAACGAGUCUACUGGUACUGGUGGGGUUAUCAUCACUACUGAUUCUGACGGAUCCUUGACUACUACUACCAGUGCAAUUGAUGAUAAUGGUCAGACGGAUUACCCAACCACCUACACUACAACUGACUCUGAUGGAAAUGAAUCUACCGGUACUGGAGUCGUAAGUGUGACUACUGAUUCUGAAGGUUCUUUGAGUACUACAACUUCUCAGAUUGACGAUGACGAUCAGACAGACUACACUACAACUUUUACUACAACCGAUUCCGAUGGAAAUGAAUCUACUGGUACUGGAGUAGUUAGUGUCACUACUGAUUCCGAUGGAUCCUUGUCAACUACUACUAGUCAAAUUGAUGGAGGCGAUGGUCCUACUGAGUACACCUCCACCUGGACGACCACCAACUCCAACGGAGAACAAGUCACUGAUUCUGGAGUGGUUAUCGUCACCUCCGAUUCCGAUGGAUCUUUGACCACAAGCACUUCUGAGUAUGGAAGCCCUACCGAGUACACUUCAACCUGGACCACCACUGAUGCCGAUGGAAACCCUACUACGGAUUCUGGCGUGGUGAUUGUGACGACUGAUUCUGACGGCUCUUUGACUACAACCACUUCCGAAUCUGGCGAUGGAGAUAUCACCGAUUUCACGUCUACGUGGUCCACCACGGACUCCAACGGCAACCCAUCGACUGGUUCUGGUGUGGUUAUUGUUACUACUGACUCGGAUGGAAGCUUGACCACCACCACUUCUGACCUCAACCCUACGGACCCUGGAACUACCGAUUUCACAUCCACAUGGACUACUACCGAUGAUAACGGCAACCCUAUCACCGACUCCGGUGUGGUAAUCGUUACAACCGAUUCUGACGGAAACCUUGUUACCACCACCUCCACAUUCGGUUCUGACGACACCGAAGUCGCUUCUACCUGGACCACUACCGAUUCUGACGGAAACCCAAGCACUGCUUCCGGCGUUGUCAUUGUCACAACCGACUCUGACGGUUCUUUGACCACCUCUACUUCCCAGUAUGGUCCAGGAAUCACAGACUACACCUCCACUUGGACAACCACAGACGAAAACGGCAACCCGAUCACUUCUUCGUGUGUGGUGAUUAAAACCACCGAUUCAGACGGUAACGGGUACACCACAACCUCAGGUCUCCCUGGUAUCACCGAUUACACUUCCACAUGGACCACCACUGAUGCUGACGGAAACCCUACUACUGAUUCUUGUAAGGUAAUCGUGACCACAGACUCCGACGGAAGCUUGUGCACCACCACUUCCCAGUUGCAGCCUACCGAUUACACCACCACUGUUCAUCUGACCGACGCUGAUGGAAACGUCAAAACCAAGACCAUCUACGUCUGUGAGACUACAGCUUCCAAUGGUGGCUGGACUACCUACACCACCGUGUGUCCUGAAACCACCGCUUUAGUCUCCACCAAGGAGGACGGUUCCAAGACCACUGUCACUGGUGCUAUCAUCAAAACGACCAUCCACGGAGUGCCUACCUCCUACACUUCGGUACUUUCACCACCAGAAACUUCUGUGGAUUCUUAUGAAACCACCCAGAAUGGCAAGACCGUCACGCUUGACCGUACAAUUGUUGUGCUGACUGAUGCUAUUGGAAAGCCUCAUACGUCUACUAUUGCUGGUGAGUCCACUGCUCCUUCUGCUGGUGCUUCUCAGACUCCAGAAACCUCAGUUGCAGGUCCUUCUGAAACUUCCCCUGCUGCUUCCCUUCUGACGUACGACGGCGCUGGUUCACUUCCUAAAUUUGGCCUUGAAUGGGUUCUUCCCCUUGGCCUCUUCGUUCUUUUUUGA